CCACCUUUCAGCAGGCUUCUGCACUUCUACAUCUACAGCGGGCCAGCUUAAGACCUUGGCACCAAAUCAGAUAACAGUGGAAGUGAAUACACAGAUAACGAGCUUUUUUUUAACUGAUUGCAGACAUGUAGACAAUCGAGAAUUUGACAGGCCAUAACUCAUUACAGAUUUUACGACUUGGCAUUUGUUAGGUGAUUGAAUAAAACGUACACGGUGUAAAAUCCAAUUCAAUCGACGGAAAGUGAACGGCCCAAAAGCUGAUUCCUUAUAAUUAAUUUUUAUCAAAGACGGUUUCGCAUACCUAUGAUUAAUAUUUUGAAGUGUAAUUGAUCUCGAAACAACCCAAAAGGCUUUAGAAAUGCUUUGUGCUUCGGAGCCCGCGAUAAUAAAGAUGAAUCCGUCCGUUUUCAACUGGCUGAGGAUAGGGGCGACACGUCCGACACGGCAGCACGUUUUGAAACGUUUCGCAGGCCACCGGCCUCACUUACAAUUCAGGCAGUACCAGUGGAAAACAGGAGUUUACGGCCACAAACCAAAGGAGUCGAACAGAGUCCUAGGAGACAAAUGCAUAUUUGACCCUAAAAAUGACAAUGCAAAAUUAUACCCACUGGUUGCUGCUUAUAGGGAACACGGGCAUAAGAAAGCACAGACCAAUCCAGCAAAUUUUUCGACACAUACGUUGGAAGUUCCUGAGCUUAACUUGAAUUGCUACGGUCUAAAUUCAAAGGAAAAAUAUUCAUUUGAUGGAUUAUUGAAUGAUAAACAGGAUGGUACUGUUGAUGACGCUGUACAGUGGCUAGAGGAUACAUAUUGUGGCAAAAUAAGCGUUGAAUUCACUCAUCUAGAUAACCUAGAUGAGCGAGAAUGGUUUCAGAAAAAAUAUGAAGAAGUGGUUCACAAGCAUACAAUAGAUCAUGAGUAUGAAAAAGAAAAUUUGAAAGUUUUAUUACAGUCACAGACAUUUGAAAAUUUUCUCAAGUUGAAAUUUGUGACACUGAAACGAUAUAGUGGCGAAGGGGCAGAAAGUGCCCUGUCAUUUUUUCUAGAGCUCUUUAACAUAGCAAGCUUAGACGGUGUCACAGACAUAGUCGUAGCAGCGCACCACCGAGGGAGAUUAAGUUUCAUCACAGGGCUUCUAGGUAUGCCUCCAGAGAUAUUGUUUAGAAAAGUCAGAGGAAAAUCUGAAUUUCCUCCUGAGUACACACUGAAUGGAGAUGUCAUAAGCCAUUUAUGUCCAUCUGCCACUUUGAAGUACAACGGAAAAGAGAUUAAUGUUAGAAUGACCAAUUUGCCUUCUCAUUUAGAGGCAGUCUGUCCUGUGUCAUUAGGACAAACAAGGGCACUUCAACAGCUCAAAUCAGAAGGUGAUUAUGGAAAAAGCAAUGGCAGAUUUGGCGAUCAAGUUUUAAAUGUACAAGUUCAUGGUGAUGCUUCACUUAUGGGUCAAGGAGUAAGCCAGGAGAGUUUGAUUAUGAGUUGUCUACCACAUUUCCAAGUUGGUGGAUCCGUACAUUUGAUUAUUAACAAUCAAGUUGGCUUCACUACACCUCCUUCUUGUGGAAGGGGGACGCGGUAUGCUUCUGAUGUAGCAAAGAUCAUAUCUGCACCUGUGCUACACGUAAACGGAGAUUUCCCAAAUGAAGUCAUAAAGGCAACACGGAUUGCUAUGGAUUAUCAGCGAAAAUUCCGGAAGACUAUUUUUAUCGAUCUCAUCUGCUAUAGAAAAUGGGGACAUAAUGAGGUAGAUGAUCCAACAUUUACAAAUCCUUCUCUCUAUAGAGUUAUUAAUAGUAAGAGUACUGUUCCUGAUAUGUAUGCUGCUUAUUUAAUUAAUAAAAAAGUCACAACAAAGGAAGAAGUUAAUAAAAUUGAGAAUGAUUAUUCGAAAGAACUUAAUAAACGUUUCCAUGGAGUUGAUUCAUUCGUUCCACAGGUAUAUAACCAAGAAUUAUGGAGCAAUUAUCGCCUAGCACCAAAUGCAGUCACAUCAUGGGACACAGGGCUAGAUACAGAUCUUUUAAGGUUUAUUGGAGAAAAAUCAGUCGAAGCUCCUGAAAAAUUUCCUCUUCAUCCUAACUUGGUAAAAAACCAUAUACAGUCACGAUUAUCUAAAUUACAGUCAGGAAAUUCACUAGACUGGGGUACUUGUGAGGCAUUAGCUAUAGGCUCUCUUUUAUACCAAGGUUUUAAUGUGAGAAUUUGUGGACAAGAUGUCGGCAGAGGGACAUUCGCUCAUAGACAUGCCAUAUUCGUAAAUCAUGAAACUGACGAUGUCUAUGUUCCUUUGAACAAUAUUAGCCCUGAACAACAUGGUCAUUUGGAGAUUGCAAACAGUCAUCUAUCCGAAGAAGCAGCCUUAGGUUUUGAGUAUGGAUUCAGCUCUAUUUCACCAAUAAAUUUAGUUAUUUGGGAGGCUCAAUUUGGGGAUUUUUUCAACGGUGCUCAAAUUCAAAUAGACACGUAUAUUACUUCAGGAGAAGAUAAGUGGUUAACUCAAAGUGGAAUUGUAUUGUCAUUACCUCACGGAUACGAUGGAGCGGGGCCAGAACACAGCUCUUGUAGAAUGGAAAGAUUUUUGCAGUUGUCAAAUUCAGAUGAAACAAAACCUGAUGGCGACAGUGUGAAUAUACAUGUUGUUUAUCCAACAACAGCAGCUCAGUAUUUCCAUUUGCUCCGGCGCCAGAUGAUCCGAAACUUUAGGAAACCUUUAAUUGUCGUCGGGCCCAAAAUAAUAAUUCGAGCUCCCGAGGCUUCUUCAUCUCUUCAUGAAAUGGGACCCAACACUUCUUUUAUUCCGGUUAUAGGAGACCGAACGGUUACCGACGAGAAAAAAAUUCACAAAAUUUUACUAGUUUCUGGAAAACAUUAUUUCCCGUUGAACGAUUAUAAAGAGAAGAACAAUAUUACAGAUACAGCAAUUAUAAGAGUAGAACAAUUGGUGCCAUUUCCAGUUGUACAACUACGAGAUGAAUUGGCUAAAUUCUCAAACGUGAAAGAAUAUGUGUGGGCUCAAGAAGAGCCUCAAAAUAUGGGGGCUUGGACAUUUAUGAAACCAAGAUUUGAGAAUCUUAUUGGCAAAAGGUUGAAAUUUGUCGGCAGACCACCAUAUGCAGCCCCUGCAGUUGGCAUCGGAGAAAUUCAUAAAAAGGAAGCGCAAUAUGUAAUCGAACAGCCGUUUAAAAUGAAUUGAACAAAUUCAAUUUGUAAAUUUAUUAAUUUGUAUAUAAACCAAAUAAUACUGACUAUUUGGAGAA